AUGGGAAAAGAAAUACCCAAUCAAUCUUUCGUUUGUCGAUGUUGUACACAACAACAUCUCGAAUCUCUUUAUCAAAAUCUUUCUACUCUGCAAGAUUUCCUUGACAAUACUACCACAAAGGAUAUUGAAACUCUUAAGGUUAUAGAAAAGAGGAUCAGAACUGUAGUUUACAAAGCAGAAGAUAGAAUUGAUUCAAGUCUAAGAAGCAUCAUUCUAGCAGAUCACGAGCACAAGCGGCAAAAGGCUUGUAGAUCCUUUUAUGAAGAUUUGUUGAAAGUUGAAGAACAAGUUUAUUUUCUCAACAAAGAGGUGAUGUUGAUCGAGUUUAACAAGCAUGGAAGCAAAUCUGCAGAAUUAGCAAGUAUUUCUUCCUCACUAGAAAAAAGUACAAUCGAGGAAAAUACUAUUGUUGGGAUGGAGGAUGACUUCAACAUCAUACUUGAUCGUCUCACUUCACAAACAGAGGAGUUAACUGUCAUACCAAUUUUUGGUAUGGGCGGUAUAGGUAAGACAACUCUUGCCAGAAAAGUUUAUGAUAAUUCAUGUAUUCGUUCUCGAUUUGAUAAACAAGCAUGGGUCACUAUCUCUGAAGAAUACAAUGAGAGACAAAUGCUUCUUGAACUUGUCUCUUCAAUUAUGGGAAGCAAGCAAGAAACGAGCAAUGAUGAACUAAUGGAGAUUGUGUAUAGAGGUCUUAAGGGUAGGAGAUUUCUAAUUGUCAUAGAUGAUAUUUGGAGUACAAAGGUUUGGGACCAAAUGGAAAGAAUAUUUCCAAAUGAUGACAACAAUAAAAGCCGAAUUCUAUUAACCACUAGACUUAAGUAUGUUGCUGAUUAUGUCAGUUGUCCUGAUUUUCCGCCUCAUUGUAAGUCUUUCUUAAGUCGAUAUGAUAGUUGGAAUCUAUUCACUAAAAAAUUGUUCAAAAAAGAUUUGUGUCCUCCUGGACUUGAAGCAAUAGGGAAGUAUAUUGUAAAACAAUGUCGAGGAUUACCUCUCUCGAUUGUUGUUGUUGCUGGGCUUCUUGGAAAAAUGGACUUAACGCAUGACAAUUGGAAGAACGUUGAGGAAAAUCUGAACUCACUCUUUGGUACUGUAUCCGAACGAUGCCAAUCAAUUCUUUCUUUGAGCUACAACUACUUGCCCCAAUAUUUGAGGGCUUGUUUUCUCUACAUUGGAGGUUUUCCAGAAGACAGAGAAAUCAAUGUUUCCAAGUUGAUUAGGCUAUGGAUUGCUGAGCAAUUUGUAAGAGCAAGAAGCAAUAUAAGGUUAGAAGUGGUGGCAGAGGAAUAUCUACAAGAGUUAAUUGAUAGAAGUCUAAUUUUGACUGGUAAACAAAAGGCUAAUGGAAGGAUGAAAACUUGCAAAAUUCACGAUCUUCUUCGCCAAAUGUGCCUAAGUGAAGCUCAUACUGAAAAUGUUUUGCAUGUCAUGAAUGGGGAUGCUCUCAAAGCCAUAGAUGAGAAGCAAGAUUAUCAUAAUGGUAUAAUACGUACCCUUAUUUCAAUGGAUCUAGCUUCUCCAAAAGGGAUGUGUUUACAGUUGAAGUUGCUUAAGGUAUUGGAUGUAUUACCAAUUCAUUGCAAUUCCUCUUGUGUAAUACAUGAGCUUGUACAUUUGAGAUAUAUUGCUGUAAGAAUUAAGGAAGCGGCUUCACUAGCCAAAAUGAGAAAUCUACAGACCAUAGUUCUUGAAAGAGAUUACUCUGUCAGAUUUCAGCAGCAAGUAGAUAUCUGGAGAAUGUCAGAGAUAAGACAUUUGGAUAUUAGAUGGCCACUAUAUAUAUCUAAUCCUCUUGAAGCAGAACAAACUUUGAUUCUGAAUAACUUGCAAACACUUUGUCUAUAUAACUCUCCUUUCAUUGAGGAAAUCAUAAGAAGAACUCCGAAUCUAAAAAAGCUAAAGAUUUUAGAUGUAUUUGAGAUUGGAUUUGAGCCUCGUGAUUGGCUUGCAAUUCUUGAUUCUCUCAGUCUUUUACAGGAUAUGGAGACACUACACAUAGAAACAGAAUACAACAUUGACCCGAUGAUUAUCCCAGGAGAUAUUUUUCAUCCUAAUCUCAACAAGUUGACAUUAACACGUACUCGUUUACCAUGGAAAGUUGUGAAUUUGCUGGCUAAUUUACCAAAUCUUGAGGUGCUCAAAGGGCAUCGUGCAUUUGCUGGAACAGAUUGGAUAGUAGAUGAAGAUGUUGUGUUUCAUAAAUUAAAAUAUCUACAACUGUAUGGGCCCUAUGAUCUGCAAAGGUGGGAAGUAGCAGCUGGUAGCGAUAAUUUUCCGAUGCUUGAGCAACUAAUACUGGAUAGUUUGGAUGAAUUGGAGGAGAUUCCUGAGAGUAUUGGAGAUAUAAUGACACUAAAAUUCAUCAAAAUAAACUAUUGCAGCUCUGGUGUAGUAAAUAGUGCAAAGAGAAUUCAACAAGAGCAAGAGAACUUGGGAAAUUAUGAGAUUCAAGUUAAAAUUACUCCAAGGAAGGAACGAAGGAUGAAGAAAAAGAAGGGUACUUGAAGGAAGCUGGUGAUGAUUAUACUGCUUCUCAUUAUAUACUUCCACAUCUUCUCAAUUUAUAUGCAUCGCGAGCCAAGGCACAAGAUUUUGAGAUUUAUGCUCCAAAUGCAACGUUUGAAGAUCCCCUUAUGCGUGCAGAGGGGGUAAAGCAGAUAAAAUCGUCAU